AUGGUCCUCGCCCCCCUCUUCUUCCUCCGAGCCCGACAACCGUCGAGGAGCGCCAAUUGGGACAAGCCGAACCUCGCGCUGCCCGACACGGCGAACCGCACCUUCAACGUCCACUUUGAGCUUCGCCGCGGCCUCUACGUCAGCACGCACAGCUUCCCGAAGCACGACGCCACCGCGCAGGAGCAGGACAAGGACACGCUCUUCUUCCCGCCGCCGCACUACCACCUCUUCGCCGACGAGCACUUCCUCGUCACGCGCGGCGCCGGCACCUGGCACCUCUGGGACCGCGACGUGCGGCUCAAGGCCGGCGAGAAGCUCUACCUCCCGGCGCGCGCCUGGCACUCCUUCGAGGGCGACCGGAGCGCCGAGGCGCCGCUCGCGGUCGAGGUGUACUUUGACAAGGGCCACGCGCACGUCGAGGAGCGCUUCUUCCGCAACAUCCUGGGCUACCUGUCCGACUGCCACCGGGAGGGCAUCGAGCCGAGCGUCUGCCAGCUGCUCAUCUUCUUUCACCACUUCAGGAUGGUGCCUGGGCUGAGGGUCGCGAGGUGGGAGCUGCUGAACUUGGUCCUGAACCUGGUCAUCAUGUACGUUGCCGCGUUCCUCGGCCUGCUGAUGGGGUAUGAGGGCUCCUAUGAUGAGUAUUACCGCGAGAAGAAGAAGACGCAAUAA